CAGCUGGAUUAUCAACACUCCUCGUAUAUAUUCGCCUAGUAGCAAGAGCAAUGGAAAACUGAUGGUUUUGAUUCAGAUAUUUGAGAGUCUGUUUUAGAGGUGCACAUUUGUGAAAGAGGUUUUUUUUCGAGUCGUUCUUCUGAAGCGGAUCUUUUAGAUGAAUCGUUUGAACUGGUUCACAAAACAUGUAUCCUGACCGCGUAAAGCUCCAUCCCACCAUGGCUUCAAGGGACACUCUUGAGAAACGGUCCUGGUAUGUUCUCAGUUGGUAACACUUCAUACAAGCACUGGUUUGAUGGAAUGGCACUCAUGCACAGUUUCACGUUUAAAGAUGGGAAUGUAUUUUACAGAAGUAAGUUCUUGAAUAGUGAAACGUACAAAAAGAACACGGCUGCCAAUAGGAUCAUUGUGUCUGAAUUUGGAACCAUGGUUCAUCCAGAUCCCUGCAAGAAUAUAUUUUCAAGAGCCUUCAGUUACUUGGUGAAUGCAAUUCCGGAUUUCACAGAUAAUAAUCUCAUUAACAUCAUAAGAUACGGUGAAGAUUAUUACGCAUCGUCAGAAGUGAACUAUAUCAACCAAAUUGACCCACUGACACUAGAAACAUUAGGAAGAACUAACUACAGAAACCACAUCGCAAUUAACUUGGCAACCGCACACCCUCACUAUGAUGAAGAAGGGAACACAUACAACAUGGGCACUGCCAUCAUGAACUUCGGCAGACCCAAAUAUGUUAUUUUCAAGGUGCCCGCCAACGCCACAGAUAAAGAGAAAAAGAAGCCAGCCCUCAGGAAAGUGGAACAAAUUUGCUCCAUUCCUUUCCGCUCCACCUUGUAUCCGAGCUACUUCCACAGCUUCGGCAUGACAGAGAACUACAUCAUCUUUGUGGAGCAGGCCUUCAAGCUGGAUAUCCUCAAACUGGCCACAGCUUACUUCAGAGAUGUCAAUUGGGGCAGCUGCCUGAAAUACGACAAAGAUGACACUACACUGAUCCAUCUGGUCAAUAGGAAGACUGGGAAAACUGUGAACACAAAGUACUAUGCAGGCGCAUUUGUGGUCUUCCAUCACAUCAAUGCUUAUGAGGAAGAUGGCCAUGUUGUCUUUGACUUGAUCACGUACCAGGACAGCAACCUGUACGACAUGUUCUACAUACACAACAUGAAGCAAGAUGUUGACAAAUUUAUAGAGACCAACAAGGACUUCUCUCGACCAACAUGUCAACGGUUUGUCCUUCCUCUCAACAUAGACAAGGAAGCUCCACCAGACACCAACCUGGUCAAGUUGCAGGACACAACAGCCACAGCGGUGCUGAAGCAGGACGGCUCCAUCUACUGCUCCCCUGACACUAUAUUUGAGGGUUUAGAAUUGCCAGGGAUUAACUACAAAUUCAACAGUGUAAAGUACAGGUACUUCUAUGGCACCAGGGUGGAUUGGUCGCCAUAUCCAAGCAAGAUUGCAAAAGUGGACAUAGCUACCAGGACACACCACGUGUGGAUUGAGGAGGAAUGUUACCCAUCUGAACCAGUGUUUGUAGCAUCUCCAGACGCUGUUGAAGAAGAUGAUGGUGUUAUCCUGUCCUCUGUGGUUUCAUUUAAUCCCCAAAAGCCUCCUUUCCUGGUGGUCCUGGAUGCUAAGUCCUUUAAAGAGAUUGCUCGCGCUACCAUUGACACUGCUAUUCAUAUGGACCUGCAUGGGCUUUUCAUACAUGACAAGUCUACCUAAAUUGGGCAUUAAAAGUAAUCCAACAACUCAUUUUAGGGAGUAGAAUUUAUAUUCUUAUUAAUUUAUUUUAUUGCAAAGAUAUGUGAGGGAAAUCAAUAUUCUUUUAAUAAUCCUAUGCAAACAUUAUUGAUUAUUCUUUCAUUAUGUCUAAUUCUAUGUUUACAGGCAUUCUGUAAAAAAGAUUAUAUAAAAUGAUCUUUUCUUAAUUGUUUGUGACAAUUGAGUGGGUCUUGAGUAGAAAUUACUUUGUACUUAAUUUUUUAGUAAUCUAGCAUCAUAUAGUAUAAAAAAAACCUAGCAAUGCAGAAUAUGUGAAUCUUUGGCUCUCUGACAAAUGCAUUUUUUUAUGCACAAAGCAGUAAAUUAUUAUUGUAAUUUUAUCAUCCUGUAAAACAGGCUACUGCGAUGUAAAUGACUAGAUAACUGUUCACUGUCCUAGCUAAAAGCUGUAAAACAUUUAUUGUGUAUAUUGUGGUGUCUUUAAUUUAAGGAUUUCUUUAGUAUGGCUUCUCGUUUCUUGCUAUUUUUAAGUUGUUUUUACAUUAAUGUUUCGUACAGUGUUAGUCUCUACAUGCAUUGUGUUGAAUAUGGGCCUAAUAUUCAGAUCUUCACAGACUCUCAUUUGUGGAAUUAAAAUUCGUUCUGUGUACUGUUGAUUACAUAAUUUAAAAAAAUCGGUUUUAUGUAAAAAUAAAAACAAACAUACGA